GUCAUUUUAACACAUUCUUCACAUUCUUCCCAGCAACAACUUCACCAUGAAGGCCACCACUGCCGCCAUCGCUCUCACCGCUCUCAUCGGCGCCGCUUCGGCCAAGCCCGUCGAAAUGGAGAACAAGAACAUGAUGAACAACGCCGCCGAGAAGAUAACCGAUAUGCGUGUCGCCGAGCGCCGCAGCUUUCUGAGCAUGCUGAUGGGCGGCGACGACGAGGAGGCCGAGGAGGCCGUUCCCACUGAAACCGUUGAUGUCUAUUAUGGACAGCCUGCCCCCACGGUGUCCAUCGAGGCCCGGGCUGCCGAGGCGAGCGAGGCCGUUGGCGGGCAGGACACUUCCUCCCCGACAUCAAACACGUCCUGGAGCUCGUUGCCAAGGCCCAAAGCCUCGUUGACGCCGGAAACGCCAACCCUGCCGAGUUGAACAGCAUCGUCAAAGAGAUCACGGACGCCAUCAACCAACUCACCGAAACCGC